GCACAACAGCACCUCCAACAUCCCUUCCGAUUCAGGAAGUCAGGGUUGCGAAGCGCUCGACAUAAUCGCGCACCUCGAGGACGAGUCGUCAGUUCUCCGCCGAUGGUAUAACUGAACAAGUGAACAACUGGGGGGUUGCGAUACGGGCUCGGACGAGUCGUUCAUGGUCUUUUUAACGUAUCAUUACUCAUAUUUGCCCCCUUCCACGGUUCUAUCUCAAUAGCUUACUGGGGGUUACCAGGCGUUCGUUCGCACCAUAAUAGUGCUGGUUGCUUCCCUUUCACAUUGUUAAUGAGGCCUUUGCAGGGUUUCCAAACGUGCGUAGUAAUCGUUCCUAAUUCUCUUUAACCCCGCGGACGUGCCCCUCUUCACUCCUGCCUCCUGCUCCACCCCACCGAACUUUUUCCGAGACCCAAAUGCUGGGCGCGUUUUCCUCCAGUCUGAGUGGCCAUUUUUUCAAUGUGGCGCCGCGUCAGACAUACAAUAGAUUCUCGGAGUCAAGCAGAACGAGGUGUGUACGCGGAUGUGCAGUGGCUUUUGUGCUGUGGGAUUACGUUAAUAGGAACCGGAACGUGAAUGCUGCCGAGCCGCCACUCGCGUAGUAAAGAAACAACAACAAAAGAGCUUGUGGCGCUCUGUUAGGGCCCAUAACAAUUAAACCAGCGUGUUGCUGAUUUUCUUUCGCAACAACGUGAUGACGCGGACGACGGAAGACAAAGCUCCUCUUCACUACCGGGUGAUGAAAGGCUCGAUUAUCCAGUCCACCCAGGUCGCGUAUAGUGGCCUCAGUAACGCGCCUUGACCUGCCGUCGAAUUACUUUUA